CAAAAUCAAUUGAAAAGAAAAGGGUAUUAUUGAAAUUUAAAAAAAGGUUCAUUCUAUCUCCCCGCAAUUUCUCGGCACAUUUAAAGAUAAAUCAAAAUUUGAAAUUUGACUUGUCAAUCUCUCUCAAACAACCUUCAACUGAAGAGAGGAUCACAUCAUGAGUUUAGAAAUGGCAGCGGAAUCAUCGGAAGGUGAAGAAGAAGGAAAGUUAAGCGGCGGCAACCAGAUAUUGACUGUCGACGACGACCUCCGAGAAUUGGGGAAAAAGGCCGCCUGGAGCGUCAGUUCCUGCAAACCCGGCAACGGCGUUUCUUCUCUUCGAGAUGACAAUCUCGAGACCUAUUGGCAAUCCGAUGGAGCUCAACCUCAUUUUGUUAACAUUCAAUUCCAAAAGAAAGUUCGAUUACAAUUAGUUGUACUAUAUGUGGAUUUCAAGCUUGAUGAGAGUUACACUCCCAGUAAGAUUUCGAUUCGUGCCGGAGACGGCUUUCACAACCUCAAGGAGAUAAAGGCUGUGGAACUUGUGAAACCAACCGGUUGGCUUUAUCUUUCAUUAUCCGGACUUGAUCCCCGUGAAACUUUUGUCAACACAUUUAUGUUACAAAUUGCUGUGUUGUCAAACCAUCUCAAUGGAAGGGAUACUCAUGUGCGGCAGAUCAAAGUUUAUGGGCCUAGACCGAACCCCAUUCCACAGCAGCCAUUUCAAUUUACUUCAAGAGAGUUCAUCACCUAUUCUACUAUAAGAUGAGAUUUUAUGGAAGGAAAAAAUCAAGCAAACCUAGUGUAUUAAAUCAAAGGCUUCUCAGUUCUCACUGAUCUGUAUUCAUCCAAACAUGUUGUCAUCAGGAAAUGUGGCUAUCAGUAGCCUUUGUUUAUUACUGGUAUUUUAUAGUUUGCUUAGAUCUGCUAGUGGUAUUUAUUAUAGGACUAGAUAUGACCCUUUGUUUCUUGCUGGAAUUUAUAGUUUUGUUUAGAUCUGCAAGUGGGUUUAUAUUAGGAUUAGAUAUGGGAUCUGCAUUCUCCAAGGCAUCCUAUUUUUAUUAUUUCAGAACAGAAUGAAACGUUGAUAUCAUUUGCUUUUCUUGCAAUAUUCAACCUGCUAUCUUUCUUCCUUCCCCCGGGAAGUAACUUUUUUC